CUCUCACACAAGCCGGCAGCUCCUGAGGACCGGACUCCCGGGAGCUUUAGAGACUUUAAAAGCCUCUUUCUGAAUUCUUUUCUCGUUGUUACAAUCGCGUCAAGAUGAGUGGAGUAACCAGGAGCCUGUGCACGUUUGAAGACAUCAGGAACCAGGAAUAUGGGGACGGGCGCCGGCGGCUCAGGCUCACUCUGCACGACCAGAACCAGGCGGCGCGGAGCUCAGAGCCGCACAGAGACAAGCCAAUCGGACGGGCGUUUGCGGUGGUGCAGCAGGCCAGCGACAGGACAGCGCUGACGCCCGAACCCGUGAAGUCCAAAGAGGAGCAGGUGGAAGUCAUCAAGGUUUAUCUGGAGGCGCGCAGACAGGAGCAGCAGAAACACCAGCAGAGCCUGAAGAUGCUGUCCGAUGAGGUUUCGCAGAUACAGGAGGUGAGGUAUUGCCUGAAGACGCUGAGAGAGCAGAUGGCAGCCAAAAACAAGACGCACACAAACGGGUGGAAGGUCGGCCUCCCCUUUAAGAAGAACGCCUCGUCCGCUCCCAAAGCGGCGCCCAAAGCUGACGGACAGGAAGCGGACGACGAGGCGGAGAGAGCCAAGCUGAGAGAAGUCAGCAAGCGUCUGUACGCGCAGCUGCAGGAGGCGGAAAAGAAACACCUGGAGGAGAAAGAAAGGCUUCAGGCUGAAGGCAGCAGGCUGAGAGAGUGUUUAAGUGACAAGGAGGAGAAGCUGAGGGUCACAGAGGAGGCCGGCGAGAUGAAAGACAGACGCAUCGAGGACCUCCAGAGGCUGCUGGGAGGGAUGGAGCAGGAGAGCGCCACCCUGAGGGAGGCCAUCCGCAGCCGGGAGGACGAGCUGCGCGAACUGCGCAAAAUCAGGGAGGAGGGCCACGGCGGGGAUCAAAGGGCUGAACAGUUGGAGAAGGAGGUGGCUGUCCUCAAGGAGAAGAUCCACCAUCUGGACGACAUGCUGAAGAGCCAACAGAGGAAAGUCAGACACAUGAUCGAGCAGCUUCAGAACUCCCGCAUGGUGAUCCAGGAGCGAGACCGCGUGAUCAGAGAGCUGGAGGAGAAAGUGGCGUUUCUGGAGGCUGAGAACCGAGAAAUGCACGACCAGAUUGACUACUUCCUCGGAGGGCAAAGGUCAAAUUCUUACCUAUCAUCCGACCGCAACCCGCAGAUUGUCUACAGUAAACCAAUCAAGCCGUCAACCUCGUCCAGCAAACCGCUGCCGUUCAUCAAAGUCAUCGAGAUCAAGUCGUGAAGCGAGCGUGCAGAUGAAGCCUACGCUCACUGUUCAGAAGGGCUCAGAGCCGCCAAACCCACCGAGUGCAGACUGUAACCGAACCGCUUUACUAAAACCCACGUAACCCGCCACGCCGGUCACCUCUCACGGCUGCAGUAGAAGUAAAACCAAACGCUCUCCGGGGAAACCCAUCAGCAUGUGUCUGUGUGGAGAAUCAAAAAGUUUGUUAGCUUUAAUGCAGAUACAGGUGCAUCAAAAAAACAAAAAACAAAAAAAAACCCCAGUGAAAACGUCUGUUUAUCUCAGAUUUGUUACACAUAAGCUCAAGUAUUUCAAACCUUUUUUGUUUUAUUCUUCAAAAUGUAGCUUAUAAGAUAGGGAAAUUAUAUUUCUCUAGACUGUUUUCUUCGAAAGUGAUCACAAUCAAAUUUCAAAAGAUGCUUGAACCAUUUUUUUAAUGCACCUGUAUAAAUAAGUCUCCUUUGUAAAUGAGACUGCACGUCUCAAUGGGACUACCUUUAUUAAUGAAGAUCAUUAAACAGUUUAUAUUGUCGGUGUGAUAAAGCAGGUUUUCCCUCCUCGUCCUGCUUUGCCAAGUUAUUUGACCUUUGACUUCAUAGUGUCAAAACAAAACUGUUCUGCUGCACAAAGCGCAAGAAUUUUUAUUGUGACGAUAUAAACUAACAGCGGCGUAGCAUCGGCGUCUUGAAGCUAACAUGACGGAUCACUGACUCUGUUCACCUGUUGAGUGAACAGUAUGAAGCUCAAACAUGUAAAUACUGACUACAGCCAAAAAUCCUCAUGAUGUUGGGGGAAGCUUCUUAAUAUAUCUGAGUAAUUCUUGCUUCUUGUAAAAGCCCCCCACCCAAUAACAAUGUGGCACUUUUAAGAAACUGUGAGAAAUCAGAAGGAAAACUGAAGAAGUUUCACGAUGUUGGUUCUUCCCUGAAGCCUCGUUGUUCCUCGUUCUCUGUGUAAAGCAUUUCAGCUCCCAGUCGACGUGUAAAUAUUCACCUUUGUUGUACAUAUUGUUGGAUAUGAUUUGAUGUUUUGAUUUCUACCUAACACCUUUCGUCUUUGUAUUUAUUUAUAUAAAAUAAAGCCUAUAGUCGGACUGUU